ACAUACUAGCUGGGAAUUCAACAACAAAUUAAACCAAUCAAAAAACUCAUUACUGAGAUCGAAUUGCAGGCCGGAGAUCGAUGAGGAAGCCGGAUCCGAUGGGGAAAGACGGCAAAUUGGGGAACAAUAAUAGUAAGGCGAAAUUGAGGAAAGGGUUAUGGUCGCCUGAGGAAGAUGAGAAGUUGAUGGGUUAUAUGCUGAGGAAUGGACAAGGUUGUUGGAGCGACAUUGCCCGGAAUGCCGGGUUACAGAGGUGCGGCAAGAGUUGCCGGCUCCGGUGGAUUAAUUAUCUCCGACCAGACCUCAAACGCGGCGCCUUUUCGCCGCAGGAAGAAGAACUUAUCAUCCAUUUGCACAACAUUCUUGGCAACAGGUGGUCUCAAAUUGCGGCGCGUCUUCCCGGGAGGACAGACAACGAAAUCAAGAAUUUCUGGAACUCCACAAUCAAAAAGAGGUUGAAAAACGCCAAUAACAACCAAAACAAUUCAUCGCUUUCUCCGAACACCAGCGAUUCAUCCUCGGAGAAUCCGAGGGCAAUGAUCGGCGGCUGCUGCGGCGGCGGAGGAGCCGCUUCCGCCCUUAUUCUUCCGGCCAUGCACCACCACCAACAACCGGAAUUCAUGGCGUCCAUCUGCAUGGACUCAUCUCCGUCGUCAUCUUCGUCCAUGCACACCAACAUGUUGCCCCAUUUCAACCCUUUCCCUCCGCCGCCGGCGGGAUUCGAGGCGGAGGCGGCGGCGGCGGGAUUGUUCGGCUUGCCGCCGAGUCUCGCGGCGCAGCUGGUCGGAGUUGGUGGGCCCUCCGCGGCAGGGGAGUGCGGGUUUCUCGGAGAUUAUAAUGUUGUCGUGGAACCGUACGGGGUAAUGGGGUUGGAAAAUGACCUGUCUGUCCCUGCAUUGGAGAGCAUUAGUGCCACUAAUAACCACACCAACAAGGACAGCAAGGGGGAGAAUAACGUGGUUGACAACCAUAACAAUAAUAAUGGUAAUGUUAAUAACAUUAAUAACGUUGACUAUUACGGCAUCUUUGACAAGAAAGCAAACGCCGUUAACUCCAACAACCAGCACUUGUACGAGGAGGGGAGCAUUAAGGUUGAGGAUUACAUGGUUGGCUUUGGAAAUCAUCAUUGGAGUGGAGAAAGCUUAAGAAUCGGAGAAUUGGAUUGGGAAGGUUUGUUGGCUAACGUUCCCUCCUUACCUUACCUUGAUUUCCAAGUUCAAUGAUCUUUCAACACCGCCCCCCCACCCCAAAAGGCCCCACCAUUCUACAAACAAUUUUUUUUUUUUUUCCAAAAAAACCCACCAUCAAACCCUAUUUCGUUCUAUCUUUAAUUCCCCUGGGUUUACUCUAAUUCUCCAAUUUUCCCUUUUUUUGGGUAUUCGUUCUCCUUCCUCUAUUUCGUGUUUUGCUAAUGUACAACUAAACACAUCUCCGGUUUCCUUUCGUCUCCCAUUUCUCUAAAAAAAAAAUUGAGUAUUUCUCCAGUGCCCUUUCUCUGUUUCAACUCCUUUCCUAGUUUGCCAUUUAGGGUUUUGGUUCAAUCUCUCAGCUCACUAUAUUCUUUAGUUCCAUAAAUGUUGAGGCAAAAGUUGAAUUCCCAAAAGUAAAAUUUAGGUGAUGACAGAAUUGAAUAAAGUUCCAGGUGGCAUGCAUGCCAGGUCAGAGGUCUGUGAAGUAGCAAAUUAAAGGAGAAAAUUUUCAAACAUUUUGCCACUAUGGAGGGUGCAGGUAGAGGGGUUAGGUGCAUGCAUGAUGAGAAAUAAGAAUGUUUCUUGAAAAUUAAAGCAAGGAUUUAUAUGUGAAUAGAGAGGGCGGAAUAUAUAGAAUAAAGUACAGAUCAGAUCUGCAGAUAUGUGAUAGAGAGUUUAAAGCUUUGAUUUAGUCACAGAGGAAAUGAAAUGAAUAUAAUGUAUGUUCAUAUAAAAGAUAGACAAACUUUUCAUUACAUUGUACUUUUGUACUUGUAUCUACAAUGCAAUAAAAGUUAUUCAAUUCUUCUUAA